ACUCCUGUUGGUUCUCUGCAGAGAUGGGACCCGAGCCUGAAGGUGAUCGCAGAGGGCUAUGCUGCUAAAUGCAUCUGGAACCACAACCCAGAACUGGAGGACACCGGAGAGAACCUGUACGCCGGUACCGGUCCUCUGGACCUCCGAGAGGCUCUGGAGAAGUGGUUUCUGGAACAUCUGGACUAUGACUUCCAAAACAACAGCUGUGAUGAAGACCAGAUGUGUGGACACUAUACACAGAUGGUGUGGGCAGACACACACAGAGUCGGCUGUGCCUUCCAUCUCUGUAACAACAUGGAGGGUUUGGACUGGGAGAGAGUCUCCUACCUCGUCUGCAACUACUAUCCAGCAGGGAACUACGAGGACGAGAGGCCGUUUGUUGAAGGUGAAUGGUGCUCCAGAUGUCCGGAAAACCUUCAGAAAUGUGAAAACAACCUCUGUGUUGCCGAGGACGACGACGACGACGACGACGACGACGACGACGACGAGAUGGACGAAGAGGAGGGGACAGUUGUUCCUCCUCCAGGAACAUCUGGCCCCUCCCUCCAGUCUGAAGAGGAGGAGGAGGAGGCUGUUGUUCCUCCUCCAGGAACAUCUGGCCCCUCCAUCCAGUCUGAAGAGGAGGAGGAGGAAGAGGAGGAGGCUGUUGUUCCUCCUCCAGGAACAUCUGGCCCCUCCCUCCAGUCUGAAGAGGAGGAGGAAGAGGAGGAGGCUGUUGUUCCUCCUCCAGGAACAUCUGGCCCCUCCUUCCAGCCUAAAGAGGAGGAAGAGGAGGAGGCAGUUGUUCCUCUUCCUGCGACAACUGACCCCAAUGUCCAGCCUGCCACCACCACUGCUACUGCCAGUACUCCCAGUACCACCACCACCGCCACCACCACAGCAGAAGAUACACCUGCUCUGGACACCCACCCUCCAGCAGUCCCCUCAACUCCACAGGGGAAGGAGGAGAAGACCGAAGAGAAGAUGGAGGACACUUUAGAUAAGAUAGAAGGAAAAAAGGAGAAGGACGCAAAACAAAACAUAUACCAGAACACCAAAGGUAGUGUUGGCGGUGCUGAUUCAGCAUCCUCACCUUCUCUCCUUCUGUUAGUCUGUCUGACUGGGAUCCUGACUCUGAGGCUGUGAGGAGGAGGAGGAGGAGACACCUUAAUUGACUGCACAUUACCGUGUUAACCUGCCCCCAUGGUAACAAACACAUUCCCCAUCUCCUCAGAAGUAAUGUGGGUCAAUUAAUAAUUCACACUCAUCAGAAAACAGCUGCCAUGUUCCUCAACAUCUGCAUGUAGUCUGGGCCGAGAUCCGGGUCGACUGAUGUGGUGCAUAACCUGCUUCAACCUGCUUGGAAUACAAAAGAUAUUACUGCCAGUAAUUACACUAGCUGUCACCGUUAGCCGCUGACAUCCCUCCUGCUCGUUCUUGAUCCCGCCUACAAAGCUCUUGAUUGGUCGAUUGGUGAAAAACAGCCGUCCCUGAGCACAACGCCAGACCUGAUUCAGAGCUCUGAAAGCAGGCUAGCUGUUUCCCUUUGCUUCCAGUCUUUGUGCUAAGCUAAGCUAAUCGUAUAGAUUUUCUCAUCUACAAAAACAUCAGAUUAGUGAUUGUUCUCCAAACGUUGUUUGUUGGCGACUUUAAAGUCCUUAUUGCACGUUUAUUUUUUUUAACCGAAGUGGGUUUUAAAGUUCAUCAUGAUGCUGUUUUGUUCAGCUCAUAAAACGACGAAUAAAAACACCGAAACAUCCGAAAAUAGACGAAGCUUUUCAACCACUAAUGUGUUUAAUUACAGAUGCAGGAUGCUGACACGCGUUUGACAUUGAAAUGUGUUAAUUUGGUGUCAGAACGGGUUGAAGAGCUGUAAAGAGAGGUUACUCACACAGCAUGAAUACAAGUAGAGCCUCUCAGAUCGCCUCCUCGUGCUCAGCAGAUAUAAAUAUACAGUUUCAUCUCAUGCGUUUUAGUGUUUAGUGAAUGCAGGAGAAAUGAUCGCUGAAAAGUCUUUGUUGUUACUGACGACCCUGCUGCUGCUGCUUCUUCAUAAUAUAUAUCUACUGUGCAUCAUUUACUCUCAGACUGGAGCUGCGACUGGACAGAGUCUCUAAUAACUUACAUGAUCUCUGUCACACCGUCUGAGACAACAGGAAGUAACCGUCUUCAGUAACUUUAGCAAAGACUGCUGUAAAUGUUUGUAUAUAAGAUUAAUAAAGAAAUAAACAUGA